CUUGGAUAAACUAUAAGUAUAUUUUAGAGCCCAGUGAAGCAGCGUAAUCGACUCUAUCAACCGGCCCGCAGUUGGGCCUUUAUGUCCUCAAAGCCAGUCGGCAAACACUCUAACUGACUUUCUCUGGGCUUACUUGGGUAUAUCACCGUUUCGCGGGUACUCCGGGAAGCAGUUGCUGAUUUGUCCACGUGGCGCAAUCCCCAUUGGCUGAGGGCAAAGCAGUUUGACCUGACUUUGCAGAUAGCUAGACAGAGUGUUGAUGAUCAAAUCUCAGCUCACCGAACCAAACAAACGAACAAAAAUAAAAUAAUCCGUUACGAUUUCGUUCCUCGAUUUCACCCUUUUUCCUGCUCUUGUCUUCAGUAUUAUUUGGAUCUCACGAUUCCAUUUCUCCGGCGGGGAAGCAGAAUGGUGGGAGACACUGUUUAAAAAAGAACCGCGUUAAGUUGGAUCGAGUUCCGGCAGCCACCCAAUGUCGAGGAGGCCGGUAAAUCCCUCCCGCCGCUACGGCGACAGCGGCAGCGGAGGCGCUCUCUUCAGUUCCAAGUCCCGCUCCCCUCCCUACUUGUCAAUUGCCCUCAUCGUCCUCGGAGGAUUGGCCGUGUUCACUUAUCUCCAUUCCGGAGGAUUUGGUGGCAACAAAUCACCUUCCAUACGCCUUGAAGAUGAUAGUUCAUGUACAGGAGAGCUACACAGGGCGAUACCAGUGCUGCGGAAGGCAUACGGUGACAUAAUGCACAGAGUAAUGCAUGUUGGGCCUGAUACUUGUUCAGUGGUUUCGGCUUUGUUGAAACAAGAGGAAACUGAGGCAUGGGGCGUGGAGCCUUACGACUUGGAGGAUGCUGAUGUCCAUUGCCGAGCCCUUGUUAGGAAAGGCUUUGUCCGCGUUGCUGAUAUCAAGUUCCCACUUCCUUAUAGGCCCAAAUCCUUCUCCCUUGUUAUUGUCUCAGAGGCAUUGGAUUACCUCUCCCCAAAAUACCUGAACAAGACCAUCCCUGAUUUGGCCAGGGUAUCGACUGAGGGCGUCGUAGCCUUUACAGGGUUCCCAGGUCAGCGCACAAAUAAAGCAGCUGACGUGUCCAAAUUCGGCAGGGCGGCUAAAAUGAGGAGUGCAUCCUGGUGGAAGCGAUACUUUGGCGUAACAAACGUAGAGAUAAACGAAGCAGCGACCAAGAAGUUCGAGCAAGCCGCAACCAAAAUGUCUUACACUCCAAGCUGCCAAAUCUUCCACCUCAAGGCAUACAGCUGAAUGUUUCAGCACUCUAGUUUUUGCAGUACCAUUUUCUCUUAUAUACACUUAGAGGUUAUCUUUCUGGACCAGAAUGGUCACAGAGCGUUUUAUGGUAGGAUGAAUUAAAUCAUUGGUCACUUACCUACAGCCCUUCUAGAUCUCUUGCUCAGACAAUUUCACAUUAUUUGAACACCGAUAUCCAAUCGAGUUUUGACUUUUGAGUAUAGCAAUUAUCCCAACUGUUGGGACAUAUAUAGUGGGCGUGGGUCAUGAGUCAUCUAUCUUUAAUUUUCUAGCUUGGAGGAUGUGAUGUUAUGUGACCUGUCUGUCCUUGCGCUGAAAAUGAUACCUGGCUUGUUCAAUUAUGAAUCCCUAUACAAGAAGCUGUUAUGUUUCAGAAUGAAGGGAUGUUGGUCUG